GGGAAAUGUUAUCUCUUAAAGCUCUUGAAAGUUGUCCAAUCAGUUUUUUUACUAUUAGAUUGGAACAAGUGCACAAGUUUUUGUUGGUCUGCUGUAGUUUUUUAACGUCGUGUUUGCAAAAAAUAGCUUAAGUGAGAAUUAUUGUUCCUACCUUCAAAUAAUUAAUUUAACAUUUAACCUCACUUUUGGAAGCAUUACUUAUCAGCAGUCAGCAGUCCUAGUUUUGAUUUAUCUAUCAUCAAUUACCAUUGUUUAUAAAUGGAGAAUUACCACAAAGGUAAAAACGUGGAGGAACCCCUUGAAAGGGACAAAAUCCCUAUUCCCAAUCUUCCUGAAAACUUUUUAUGGAUGCAGGUAAGAGGAGGUAGUAAAAUAAGAAAUCUUGUAAGUCAUGCAUUAAAUGAAUUUCCAAGUGCUAAAGCCGUUGUGUGGACAGGAUUUGGUCAGUCUGUUGGUAAAACUGUCACUUGUGCAGAAAUUAUGAAACGAGAACAUAAUAUCCAGCUACAUCAAAUAACAAAACUGUGUUAUAGGAUAGUUGAAGAAUUUUGGGACCCAGUAAUCCCAGAUUUGGACCAAAUAGUUGUUAAAAGAAAGCUACCAAUGAUACAUAUCUUGCUAUCGUUAGAAACAUUGAGUUUUGAGGAAUCAGGGUAUCAAGCCCCUGGGUCUAUAAUACCAUUUACUGGAAACAGUGGUAGUAGGAAGGAUAGCAAUAGGAAAUUUCAGAAAAUAUCAAGGCACAAAAAAAGUCAAUAAAUGGUUACCUCUCAACUUAA